UCACUCGAAGAAACACCUCGCAGCCGCCAUGUCGAGCAGCCGCAGCGCGACGAUGAUGGAGCCGAACCUCAACAAGAACGUCAACUGGAUGGACUCGCCGGGCUUCGCGGCCUUCUAUGGCAUCCUCCUCCUCUUCAUCUACACCAUCGUGACCAUGGUGCUCCCCGCGACGUGGUCCUGGACCGGCGUCAGCAUUGUGCAUGGCUUCAUCUCGUUCAUGAUCAUGCACUGGAUCAAGGGCUCGCCGGAAGAGGGCUCGAUGGGCUCGGGCGAGUACCGCGAAAUGACUUUUUACGAGCAGAUUGACGACGGCCGCCCGUGGACGUGGGUCAAGAAGUUUCUCAUCUUGGUGCCCACGGCGCUCCUCUUGCUCGCGAGCGUCUCGUCCAACUACGACACGACGCAGCUUUUCAUCAACUGCCCGAUCUGGAUCAUCCUCGUUCUCGCCAAGCUCCCCGAGCUCCACGGCGUCCGCCUCUUUGGCAUCAACGGGACGGUUGGUAUCGACGACGACGCCAAGAACCACGUUGCGCAUUGCAAGAGCUCGUAAGCUUGCUUCCUAUCUACGUACCCUCUGUACUGCUGCUUGGGCGUGUGGACGAUGUUGACCUCAAGAAGCGCGAUGCAAGCACCGAAAUAAAAUAUGUUCAUUUUCAGUCAUAAAGACGCUGCCUCUACGA